GAGAGGGGGAGACAACCUGAGUGCAGGUUCUGUGCCUUGAAACUCCUCCCUGCCAUGCUUCCAAAAAAAAAGAAAAAGAGAAAAGAAAAGAAAAAAGAAGAGAACGCUUCCAUACAGCGCCCUCUGCUGGUUGUGAUUCUGUCGGUCUGGGUAGGGACUGAGAUUCUGCGGCUCUAAGAAGCUCCCGGGUGAUGACCAUGCAGCUGGUCCAGAAUUGAUAGGGGUACUUCCCUUUGGGGGAGAGCUGAACUUGGGGGCUAUAUACCCUCUGAGUUCCUAGAAACUCUGCCUAGGAGAGAGAGAUGGCACCACAGGAAGCUUCUGGUUCAACCUGAUACAUAGUAGUGUUCAAUAAAGACUUCUUGAAUGGAGGAAUGAAGCAGCUGAGAGGGAAAAGGAUGCAUUUUGGAUCUAUACCACCAGCACGGAACCCAGGUGAGUCACAUGUUAUCUGUGUGGUCUGGGACAAGGUAUUUAGCCCCUCUGGGCCUCAUUUCCCUUGUCUGUCAAAUGCAGAUAAAGAAUAUCCCCUUAUGGGGGAUACUAAUUGCUAUUAUUGAGCUAAUAAAUGUAAAGUGCCCAGCACAGUAUAGCAGCUGGAUAAAUGGCAACUGUUAUCAGUAUGGUGUGGCCUCCUGGAAUUGAGGAACUUUGGUGAACUCCCCCAGUCUCCCACUUAUCAUCUCUAGUAGAAAAUAAGUAACUUACUCUUUCAUCUCAGUUAAUGAUUCUCUCAACUCUUGUCCCCAACUGCAGCCCCCUCCCCUCUGCUUCUUUCCCUGGUGGAGGUGAGAGGGUGGGAUAAACCUCUCAGAGGAGCCCAGCCCAGCCCAAGUGCUGAAAUGUAGCAAAGGAACCAGCAGAGAGCAGACCACUUGGAAAAAAGAUCUCAUGCCUAAAGGACCAACAAAGAAGGGGUGCUCAGAACUUCAAUAGGGAAUGAAGGGAGUAUUUGUCUUUGUUAGACAAAGCUCUGAGUCACACAGGAGGCUGGACUUUGCCAACAGUUGGGGACACUCUCCCCUACCCAUCUCUAGGGCAGCUGGGCGGCAGGACUCUGCUGGGAAGCACCAGGCUACUCCUGCCUGAUUCCCCACCCACCCCCACUUGUCAGCAUUCCCCUCUGAGUCACAAAGUCCUAGAGGUUUGUGAACGAUCUAUCAAGCUAGAGUUCCAAGCCAGGAAGGGGCAUGCCAAACAGGAAGCUAUAACCAGGGGCUGUGUUCAUAGAUCAUGAACUUACUUGAAAGCUGGUGCUGGCCUCACUUGGGGGAAAAUCCCAGCUACAGGAAGGCUCUGGAGAAAUCUGAGGGCCCCUACUCAUGGACACAGAGCUAGUUCACGGUAUGCUGGGAUCACAGGCAUCAUUAGCAUUGUAGCCUGGGCCUGAGCUGUCACUGGAGGCCCUAGUCUCAUAGUGUCAGACCCUCAGCAUAACCCCUCAAACAUUCCAUCAAGGGGCACCCUUCAGAGGCCGGGCACCAAGGGCCUGGCAGACCAGAGAGACCCCUGCUGAGAGGAACCUUUUGGGGACACACAAGCCAGCGUCAAUACCUUUGUCACUAUCUGAGAAAGGCAGCCCAGCUCCACCCUUCUCCCACCACACCUCUCCUGUCACACACACGUGUGUCCACACAUCACGUACCAUCGGACACUGGCCUGGGAGGUGUGCUGCCCAAGGUAAGGGGAGAACAGGAUGGGGGACAGGAGGCCUUGGGAAUGGCUGACAACAGGAGAAGAGAGGAUGGAUUGCAGAGGGGUGGAGAAGGAGGCCCUCCACAGGACAGAAACAGAAAAACAGGUAGGUAGCCAGAAGGUGAGCAAAUGAACAGCGAGGAGCAGGGAAAGACACUGGAAAUAUACACAGCAGGUAUGCUCAUCAGCCCUGUCCCAGGACCCUCCAGGACAAGCGUUCCUGAUCCUUGACAGAAAAAGAUGGAUUAGGCAAUUAGUCCAGAACACUAAAAAUAAUCAGAUUUAUCCCCACUUCAAAUCCCACCCAUCGUGGGGUGGGGAGGCUGAACUAUCAUGAGCAAAUGAGAAGAAUAUUGGGCAGGGGCCUUGGGUGCAGGAGUCUAUAUAUUGUCUCAUGCAAAUGACAUGCAAAGCAGCAUGCAAAUGAGCACAACCACUUCUAAGCCUAAAACCAGGUAGUCGUUUACUUGAGAAAUUGGGCCACAAGAAAUCAGCCGUGUUUCCAACCUGACCCGCUAGAAAUGGAGAGAUGUAGGGGUAGCCACAUCCCCUAAGGCAGCAGAGGCAGAAGCAAAGCAAGGCUUCAGAGGCCUCCAGUGUUGGUAGGCUGAGUUUGAAGUUGGGCAGGAGAUCAGCUUGGGAGGGUCCUUUGAAUGCUCCAGUCUGGUAUUAUAAGAUAAGUGUUGGGGGAGAUGGGCUGGCCCAUUUGUGACUAGAAAAGAGCUCCAGGAAACUCUGACUCCUGCCUUCAGAACACGGUCCUUCCAAGUUGGUUACUGUCAGCUUAGGUAAGACACCGUCUUCAUGGAGGGCCUGCUGUGUACUUGGCCAGGUGUUGCCCAAUGUGAGAGGUAAAAAAGGUGGUCACACCUGGGUUUGACCUCCAGGAGUCAGAUACAUGCAGAGGAAGCAGUUGCCAAUGCUGGAUAUAUCCUCCAAGUGCCAAAUGAGUGGUGUGGAGAAAAUAAGUGCAUGGAAGCCAGAAGGUGGGCAAGCCAGUGGGGGUUGGGUGGGGAUGGCUCAGAGGAGACUGGAUAAUGGGCCCGGGGAGGGGGCAGGACCUUAGCCAGGACAUAGCAUCAGCUUGGGCAGUGGAGACAGACAAGGAGACAUGGGGAAAAUACUGAGGGAAUGGUCAUCAUUAGCAUGUUCUCUGCCUCCCCGGAUUUUGCCUCCUCAAGGUGAAUGCGGCUUGAAGGGGCCGUCUUUGUGAUCCUUCCCCAUCUGGGGCCCAUCCUGGUCUGGCUGUUCACUCAUACGCACGUGUCCAGUUGGUGUGAGGGCCUGAGGAUGCUGUCCUGGUGCCCACCCCACAAAGUCUUAUUGGUUAUAUGGACAACUGUCUACUCUGUUAUGGGCUAUGCCUCCUACCUGGUGUGGAAUGACUUGGGAGGGGGCUUUGGGUGGCCUCUGGCCCUGCCUCUCGGCCUCUAUGCUGUACAGCUCACCAUCAGCUGGACGGUCCUGAUUCUCUUUUUCACAGCCCACAACUCUGGUCUGGCCCUGCUGCAUCUGCUGCUGUUGUACGGGCUGGUGGUGAGCACAGCGCUGACCUGGAACCCUAUCAACAAGCUGGCCGCCCUGCUACUGCUACCCUACCUGGCCUGGCUCACCGUGACCAUUGCCAUCACCUACCGCCUGUGGAGGGAUAGUCUUUAUCCCGAGCACCAGCCUCAUCCCACAGAGGAGAAGAGUGCCUGAGGCCCUAGGGCAUGGGAGAGGAGAGGGACAGCCAGUGUGGGGAGAAGAGUCUGUAGGGCAGGGCUGUGAGGCUGGGACUCACCCUCCUGGGGGAAGCCAUCCUACUGGCUCUCCUUAUACCAUUUUCCCUUAGAAUGCAGAGAAAUGGGAUUGGGGGACACUUAAAUAAUA